AUGCCGGGACGACAAGCACAUGGCCGGUCGUUGAUGGCCGCGCCCAAGGCCAAAGCGGGCGGCAAAAAGGGGUCCAAGGCGAGAUCGCAGAAGAAUGCGCUCAAUGCCUUUGGUAUCGCACAGGACAUGUACCCCACGAAACACAAAAGAACACCGCGAGCAAGAGAACUCGAUGCCGAAAUUGAAAAGAAGCAUGGUAGAGAUGAGGAAGAUGAGGAUGAAGACGAAGAUGAGGAGGAACAGCCGAGAAGAAAAAAGGUCAAGGGCCCGGCACGAGGUGACGACGAUGGCGAGGACGGCAGCGACAGCGAGGGCAAUGAAUGGCGUCUAGGCGGGUUGAGAGACGAUGAUGAGGACUCGGAAAUUGAGAGUGAUGAUGCGUUUGGCGACAGCGACAAUGAGAGGUUUGAGGAAUAUACCUUCCGUGGGAGUAAAUCGAAGGCUGCGGACGAUGAUUCUGAGGAUGACUCGAACGAUGACGAAGGCGAGACCCUCGGCGCGGAUGCUAUCGACUUGGCGACCGCUUUGGAUCAGUGGGAAGAAGAGUCGGAGGAGGAACCUCAGGCAGAUGACGAAUCUGGCUCUGGAGAUUCGGAAGAGGAUGAAGACGAGUCGGAAGAGGACGAUGAUGAUGACGACGAGGACGACGAUGAAGACGAAGACGAAGAUGCAGAGGUCGAUCCGGAAAAGCUGAAUGCCUUGAAGGGGCUCGUUUCGCAGUAUGGUGGUGAAAAGGAGGAUGAGAAAUCAAAAUCAAGUGUCGGACAAAAGCUUUCGCUCGGAGAUUUGGGUCUCUCUGGACUAAGUGAUCCGAUAAUGAAGAAGUCUCUCAAGUUGAUGAACAAGGAAGCUAAAGAGAAGCGCCCCGGUGCUGCCCAAAAACUAGCAGUCCCGCUAUCACGACGAGAGCAAGGCCGGCUGGACCGAAGUGCUGCUUACGAUAAGACCAACGAGACAUUGGACCGGUGGACGGACACCGUCAAGCAAAACCGAAGAGCCGAACAUCUAGUAUUUCCACUUCCUCAAAAUUCUGCUACCGCAGGUCUGGACACCACGGAGAUUCAACCCCUCAGCUCAGAGAAACCCAGCAAUGAGCUUGAAUCCGCCAUUAUGUCCAUCAUGGAGCAGAGUGGCCUGGCCAUGAACAAGGAACCCAAACCCAAGCCCCGGGAGUUCGACGAAGAAGGCAACAUGCUAUCACGAAAGGAAGCCCUGGCCAGAAAACGCAUGGAGCGAGAACUCGUUUCCAGAGAAGCAAAGCGAGCCAAGCGCAUGAAGAAGAUCAAGAGUAAAGCAUACCACCGAGUUCACAGAAAGCAAAGGGAACGCGAUGAAAUGGCCACCAAGGAAGCCAUGGAGGAGGCCGGGGAGAUUGACUCCGAAGAAGAGAGAGAAGCUCAAGACCGUCGCCGUGCCUUGGAACGAGUUGGCCAGCGUCACAAGGAGAGCAAAUGGGCCAAGAUUGGAUCCAAGAACAAGCGUGCGGUGUGGGAUGACGAAUUCCGUACCGGCUUAACGGAAAUGGCUCGCAAGGACGAAGAGCUCCGCCGACGAAAAGAAGGCAAAGCCGGUGUCGACGGCGACUCUGACUCUGACGCAACUAGCAGUUCCGGCAGCGACUCCGACGACGACAUCCGACGCCAACUAAGGGAACUCGAAGAAGUAGAUGACGAGCCCCAAUCAAAGUUGAUGAGCAUGAAGUUCAUGCAAAAGGCCGAAGCAGCCCGCAAACAAGCCAACGACGAAACAAUCCGCCAAAUCCGCCGAGACCUCGACGGCGAUGACUCCAACCAAGACUCAUCCGAAUAUGAAGUCGACCAAGUCGGCCGCAGAAGCUACGGCACAACCAACACCGCCAAACCCGCCCUCGACACAUCCAACCGCACCCCCAAACGGCGCCGCGCAUCAGAAACCGAACCAGAAGUCGACAUCAUCAUCAACAAGCCCCAAGCGCCAACUCCCUCUGCAGAACCCGCCUCCACAACCGGCGCCUGGUCCCGCGGCGAAACACGCCGCAAGAAAUCCGCCCCCCUCCCCCAAGACCUCGAUCUCAAUGCCAAUAUCCUCGUCGCUUCAAAACCCAAGCCGCCCGCCAACGAAGAUGACUCCGCCUCCGAAACAGAGCAGCACAUGCCCCUCGCCAUUCGUGACCAGGCACUCGUUGCGCGCGCCUUUGCAGGAGACGACGUGGUUGCCGAAUUCUCGCGUGAGAAGGACCAGGUCGCCGAGGCAGACGACGACAAGGUCAUUGAUAAUACGCUCCCAGGAUGGGGGUCCUGGGUCGGCGAUGGUGUUAGUAAUCGUGAGAAGAAGAGACAUCAGGGCCGGUUCUUGACCAAAGUAGAGGGUAUUAAGCGGAAGGACAGAAAGGAUGCUAAGCUGGAUAAAGUGAUUAUUAAUGAGAAGAGAAUCAAAAAGAAUGAUCGGUAUCUCGCAUCCCAACUACCCCAUCCUUUUGAAUCGAGAGCCCAGUACGAGCGAUCGCUAAGAUUGCCCGUUGGACCGGAGUGGAUGACGAAGGAGACCUUCCAGGAUAGCACGAAACCAAGAGUUCUCAUGAAGCAGGGUAUCAUUGCGCCCAUGUCCAAACCGACUGCUUAA